AUGUCGUCCACUGUGCCUUUCGGUCUAAAGCCUGCGCCCCUGGCUAGAUGUACAAGGAGCUCGCCGCUAGGGAGAAGAGUUCAGGUCGGCUCCCAGAGCCCGACGGGGCGGCUAAACUCGGGACAGCGGGGAGCCGGCAGGACACGGACACAGUCCCCGACGCCCCUCCCCCAGCAGGGCUGCCCGUACUGGCUCCAGGCCCGUUAUCCCCUGGCCUCGGGCUGCUCCCCGGGCCAGCGCGGCUCCAGCUCUGUGUCCCCGGGCUCACCUCUCCAGAGACCGGAUGCCGCUUCCUCGGUAGCUCCACGCGCUAAAGCGCCCCCGGGCACCGUCCGGCCCCUCCGGAGUCGCAGCGGCUCAAGCCCGAGGGGCACCGAGAACAAUGGACGGGAGAGGCCCGCCCCCCCGCCGCGCUCAUUGGCCACCGAGAACGGUCCCAGGAAACUCUGCUUUCCCAUUGGUGAAUACGGACCCAGCCAGGCGGCGGGAGCGAGGCUGGACCGAAGGCAUUGUGGGAGAUGUAGUCCCCACUAG